UGUUGCGAAUGCACAAACCAGAAGUGUUUGUUAUUGUGUCGGCCAUAAACGAGAAGCAAGGUAGUUUGACACACAAUUUCUCCACAAAAUGCCGCCGACCGUCAACCAAAACCACAGUGUGGACAGAGAUAAACGACCGAGAACUGGAGAAAGAAGAUCUGACCUAGUGAGUAGGGUGAAGUACUGCAACACAUUGCCAGAUAUUCCAUUUGAUCCAAAAUUCAUCAAUUACCCAUUUGAUUCUAAUAGGUAUGUGCGGUAUAAACAAACCUCCUUAGAGAAGAAUUAUCGCUAUGAAGUUCUCACUGAGCACGAUCUUGGAGUUACAAUUGACCUGAUUAACCCAGAAGCUUACACGCCUCAGUCCAAUGCACAACUGCAUCCCACAGAUGAGAGGUUGCUGGAAGAUGACAUUCUCACUCCACAGGAUGCUAAACGUUCUCGCCAUCACCAUGUCAAUGUGUCAUGGUUGCGAAGGACAGAGUACAUCUCCACUGAGCCAACAAGAUUCCAGCCUCAGACAAUGGAGAAAAUUGAAGCUACAGUCGGUUUUGCAGCUCGCAGGAGAAAGGCUACUGAUGAGAAUGUAUACACUGACAGAGAGAGUCAGCUGAGAGCAAUUGAGAAGACCUUCCUUGAAGUUAAAGAGCUCAAGCACCACUACAGCAAGCCAGGGGUCACAGCUGUGGAAGAAUUACCAGUAUUCCCAGAUUUCAGCCUUUGGAAGUACCCAUGUGCCCAGGUCAUUUUCGACUCUGACCCUGCUCCUGUGGGUAGACCAAUGCCAGCCCAGCUUGAGGAAAUGUCACAAGCAAUGAUUAGGGGUGUGAUGGAUGAAUCAGGAGAACAGUUUGUGGCCUACUUCCUGCCAACUGAUGAGACCCUAAAGAAGAGAAAACGAGAUGCUGAAGAAAAUGUUGACUACAUGGAUGAAGAUGAGUAUGACUACCUGAUGGCAAGAGAGUACAACUGGAACGUUAAGAACAAGGCCUCAAAGGGCUACGAAGAGAAUUACUUCUUUGUACUUCGUGAUGAUGGGGUUUACUACAACGAGCUUGAAACAAGAGUGCGAUUGAGCAAACGUCGACUGAAGCAAGGUCAGCAGCCUAACAACUCUAGGCUUGUGGUGCGUCAUCGUCCUCUCAUUGCGCAGGAACACAAGACACAGCGGUUUAGGGAACGAAUGCUGGAACCACCUGGUGAGGAUGAGGAAGAAGAAGAAGAGGAAGAGGAAGAGGAGGAAGAGAUGGAGGUGGAAGAGAAUGAUAAAGGGAGUCGAUCGGGCUCACGCUCGAGGAGCCGGUCAGGUUCACGUUCACGAAGCCAGUCAAGAAGCAGUUCCAGAAGCAAGUCACGCAGCAAAUCUCGCAGCAAGUCCAGAAGUCAGUCACGCAGCAGAUCCCGCAGUGGUUCAAGAAGCAAGUCAAGAAGUAGGUCAAGGAGCAAGUCAAAGUCAAGGUCUCGCUCUCGCUCCAAGUCCAAAACUCGCUCCCCAUCCCGCUCACCUUCAAGAUCGGCCAAAUCAAACAAGCGGAGUCCAAGCCGAUCCCCAUCACAGCGAGGCUCUCCGGCACGCAGUAGGGCUUCAGGAUCAGGGUCAGGCUCUGACUCAGGCUCUGAUUCAGACUCUUCAGGCUCUGGUUCAGGCUCAGACUCAGACUAGAAGCAAGGUUUGGAGGGACUGUGUGCCUGAGAUCAAGAAUUACAAAUACUUCUUGUUAAGAGGUCUUUGACAGGUUGUUUGAAGUACCUGCUAAAUAAUCUAAAUUGAAGAUCGUCAACAUAGGAUGCGAAGAAAUGUACAUAAUUUGGUAAAAGCGUUAUUCUUUAUUAAAGUACAGUGCAACAAUAGAUUUAAUAUUUUAUGUCUUGGUCAACAAGAACUAAGAGGUAGCAGAUAGCAGAAACUAUUUUAAAUUGUGUUGACUGUGAAGACCUAAAUACUCAAGGUUAUACUUGAGAUGAAAUUUUUAAAGGUGUCAGAUAUUUAUUUAAGGAAAUGAGGCAAUUCAUACACUAUGUAUGUAUGUAUGGCAGUAAAACAGAAUAAAGAUUAUAUAGUCUUUCAAUUUUCAUGGCUUGAUAUUGACCUGUAAUAUCUUGUGAAAUUGAAUGUUUGUGGAAAUAAUAUAAUUGCUACUAAAUGUC